AUGAAACUCACCACCCUCCUCCUCCCGCUCGCCCUUCUCCGCCCCGCGCUCGCGGAUGGCCUCGCCAUCGAGGCCGACCUAAACGCAACCCGCGACGCCAUGGUCAAGUACCGCGACGAAAGGGAGCGGGCGGGUUGGGAGCUGGUGACGCGGUUCGAGCAGGCGAAUAAAUCGGUGUUUGCGAGCGAGCCCUUGGAACAAGGGGCAGGAACUCGGUUGCUGAACGCGUUGGGUGCGCUGGCCGACUCCACCAAUGUCACGAUGCAAGCCAUCAUCGCUGUCCGCCCAGAGUGGCCCGUCAACAUGCCCAUGCACUUUCUUGUCGGUACCCAACUCAAGCGGCAGGUGUACGCUUUCAUAGACAUGAAGGACGCUCUGUUGCCGUUGUUGUUCGGAGAGCGAGAGGAGUCGGAGGAAUUCGAUGUGCCGCUAGACACUAGUAGUGUGUCGCGGAUUGCGGAUUCUUAUUAUCAAGCGAUGGAAGCCUACCCCUACACGGCAACUUUUAUUGAUCACUAG